UGAGAAAUAAGCUGAGAUCUCUCAUCUUCUUCAUUCAUCGUUCUUCUGCUUCAGAUCUUAAGUAGAGAUAGAUAGAAAGAGAGGUUUCGAAAGAUCCCUCAAAACAGGAGAAUGGGUUAUUGGUUUGGAUCAGCCAUCAAAUUAAGCUACCCCAUAGUAGUGUUAUCAGUGUUGUUGUUAGCUUCCUUCACCUUUACUUCUACAGAAGCAUUUGAUCCUUUGGACCCAAAUGGAAACAUCACAAUUAAGUGGGAUGUAAUAAGUUGGUCACCUGAUGGUUAUAUUGCGGUUGUGACCAUGUUCAAUUUCCAACAAUAUCGUCACAUUCAAGCUCCUGGAUGGUCGUUAGGUUGGACAUGGGCGAAGAAGGAAGUAAUAUGGAGCAUGGUGGGUAGCCAAACAACAGAGCAAGGAGAUUGUUCGAAGUUCAAGGGUAAUACUCCACAUUGCUGCAAGAAGGAUCCAACCGUCAUUGAUUUACUGCCAGGAACUCCUUACAAUCAACAGAUCGCCAACUGUUGUAAAGGAGGAGUCAUAAACUCUUGGAUGCAGGACCCCUCAAACGCUGCCAGUUCCUUCCAGAUUAGUGUUGGUGGUGCUGGUACCACCAAUAAGACAGUUCGAGUUCCUAAAAACUUUACCUUAAAAGCUCCAGGUCCAGGUUAUACUUGCGGUCCUGCCAUAGUUGGAAAACCUACUAAAUAUUAUUCCUCAGAUGGUGGAAGGAGAGUCACUCAAGCUAUGAUGACCUGGAAUGUUACAUGCACCUAUUCGCAAUUUUUGGCUCAGAAAACACCAACUUGUUGCGUUUCGCUUUCAUCCUUCUAUAACGACACACUUGUACCUUGCCAAACUUGCACAUGUGGCUGCCAAAAUAACAAUACACAUCCCGGGAGCUGCGUAAAUCCAGACUCGCCUUAUUUAGCGUCGGUCGUUAAUGGUCCUGGAAAGGCUAGCCUUACGCCAUUGGUUCAAUGUACAAGCCACAUGUGCCCAAUUCGGGUUCAUUGGCACGUGAAGCUCAACUACAGGGAUUACUGGCGGGUGAAGAUUACGAUAACAAACUUCAAUUACAGGAUGAAUCAUUCGCAAUGGAAUUUAGUUGCUCAACAUCCCAACUUUGAUAAUUUGACUCAGAUUUUCAGCUUCAACUAUAAACCAUUGACUCCUUAUGGCGCUAUAAAUGAUACUGGAAUGAUGUGGGGAGUUAAAUUCUACAAUGAUUUUCUUUCGCAAGCGGGUCCUUUGGGUAAUGUACAAUCAGAGCUGCUCUUCCAGAAGGAUUCGUCGACAUUCACAUUUGACAAAGGCUGGGCAUUUCCGAGAAGGAUCUAUUUCAACGGGGAUAACUGUGUUAUGCCACCGCCCGAGGCUUACCCAUAUUUACCAAGCAGCACUUCCAGGUCCAAAUUAUCGUUCUUUACACUAUUCAUGGCUCUCUUAUUGUCGUUAGUUGUCUCCUCCUUUACACACGCCGCCUCUGCCUGAAAAGAAGAUCAGAAGAGGUCUUUUUGUUGUUCAUGUUAUUGCUGUUGAAGAAAGCCAAAAAUACAAGAUUUACUUGCAACAUUCAAGACAGCAGAUUAGGUCAGGUCAUUAAAUAGAUGAUUGAAGUUAUAUUUGUUCUAUGAGGAUCCAUGUCUAAAUAUAUUUAUAUGUGUGUGUGAUGUGGGUGAGAAUAUUUAUUCCAAUAUUUUAUCAUUUGUGAAAUGUUACCAAAAACAUAGAGAGUAUGUAUCUUGUACAAUAAAAUCAAUAUAUCAUCAUUAUUAAUAGAACAUAAUUCUUAGUU